AUGGCGACGUUCUUCAAGACACAGUACAACAAGUUUCUGGCGAACCCGCGCAACGCGACACUCGCUGACAACAUUUCACUGCUCUAUGUGACCUCGACCACUAAGUUCGAAGGCCGAGAUGCCGUGGUGAACCAUGUUUCGCGACAAGCGGCGUUUGUCAAGAAGAAGUCAGAACAGAUCAUCAGCGCAAUUGAGAGCUCCAGUGCGCUGGUCCUAGACAUCGAGACCACCCUGGAGUUUCUUGAGGGCGGUGGGGCCUAUCUCCCCUCCUUCGACGAUAAUUUCCUGGCCGACCGAACUGUGACACUUCCUUUGCUCCAUAUCGUACAAUGGAACGCCCAGAAUGAGAUCCAGCAGAUCCGUAUCUAUUGGGAUCAGGCCUCGUUGUUGAAGGAGGUGGAAGUCAUUGGCUCGCGUGGCAAGAACUGGCCAAUUCGCGCUGGCUCCGAACAGAUUCGAUUGCUCAAGUCAGCUACCACAGAAGCCUCCGCCCCGGCCCAAAGUACCGCACAGGAUCCGCCUCCACGAUCCUCCUCCCCGACCAAGCGACACAUCAAAGACCCGUAUGCGGCCGACUCUCUUUUCGACUUGAUCUCACCCACCAAGGGUCGGUCUCAGCAAAAGGAGGCAGUGUCUCCCAGCAAGCGGUACUCAAAGGACCCCUACGCUGCCAACUCGCUCUUCGACCUUGUUGCGCCCGGCAACUCUGACGAGCCCGAGCCCGAGACCCAUACCGCACGCCCCGCGUCCCCCGGAAAGCGAAUUACCAAAGACCCUUAUGCAGCCAAUUCCCUCGCAGAUCUCCUGUCGCCUGCAGACGAAGAUGCUGAGGGGGAGCACGGCCCUCGUCCCUUUGCGCGGGCUAGCGCACAUCCUCCUCCACGCGACUUGAGCGAGAUCUUUGUUGAUGAGGAGGCCCCUACAACUCCUUCCAAACCGGAGCGAGUGAUUGCUCCCAAAGCGGGCGCGGGGAAGUUCCAAGGCAACCGAAUCUUCGGAGAAGAAGAGGAGCCAUCCUUGGAUGAGCGCGUUCCCUACAAGAGCAAUCCCCGUAGGUUCGAUCAUUUCAACCUGGGCGACGAGGGAGAAGACGACAUUCCGAACGAUCGUGCCCCAUACAAGAGCAACCCGCACCGGUUCGAUCACUUCAAUCUUGCCGAUGAGCCAGAGACCAAGGAGGCACCCAAGCAAAACAAGGUUCGUCAGCAGCCGCAUUGGAACUUCGAUGAGUUUAAUACUCCUGAGCGACCUGCCCGUGCUCACCCCGCGCCCCAGGCCCAAUUCUCCUUUGGUUAUGACGAAGAUGGAAAGGAGUCUCCUCCUGCCCGUCCCGCGGUCAUCAAGCCCCGCCGAGACGCAGAGGUUCACUUUGAUAUGGUGGACGACAAAGGCGAUGGCGACGACGGACGCAUUAUCAGCUCUUACCAGAACCGUGGCCAACGUCUGUACGAAAACCGUCUGUUCGAUGAGCAUGGUGAGGCUGAGCCCAGCGAGGUCGAGAAGAAGAACAACCGACCCCUGUCCGUGGUGGGCCACAAUGCCAACCGCCAGAAGGACUUUGAUCAGCACUGGGAUACGGUAGAUGAGGCCCCAGAGCCUUUCAAGGCCGAUGCCGAGAACAAGCCCUUAGCUUUCGACCGAGCAAAGUCUGUCCAGAUGAUGGAGGCCCACUGGGACCUGCCUGAUGACUCUCCCCAGCCAGAGCGCACUGCGACCGCUCGGCCCAAUCGCCGCCACAAUCAGCCUAGCUGGAGCCUUGGUAACGAGGAAUAA